UACUCUGAUGUUAGAGCAGGGCCGUCCCGGACUGUCACUCCACAUUCUCAUCUCCUAAAGGUCAGUUAGCGAUUAGCUUUAGGCCACGCGAUGCGCGCCGGGGUUCCGUCGCCGACCACCCCAUGUCUCUUCCUAUCCAUAUCUCUACAGUUAGCAAAGGAUAGGAUGUAGGCCCACAAUACGGCAAGUAACAAUAUGCCUCAGAAAUAUAGAAACAUGUCUAAACAAACAAGAUUUAUCGCGAGAUGGAUGUGUCCAAUAUAGGCUAGUUGUUUUUUAUGCUGAGUUAGCUGUUAACAUGUUUUUUGCACAUAGGCUAGGCCUAAAUAUUGCACCUUCUAAUAGCUUUUUAUUUUAUAAAGGCCUUAUCAUAGAUUUUUUUUUAAAGCAUUAAUUUCCUCUCCUUUCCGUUUGGAGGCGACUAUGGAUUUGGGUCCCUUCAUGCAAAACUGAUUUUUUUUUAUACCACCUGCGAGCCUUUUCAAUGAAAUGUGACGAUGUCGAUGAGAUGACGUGGAGUUUAAGGUUUGGUAAAUCUGGGAGGUUCCAUAAAGUCUCUGUUAUCCAAUCAAGCCAAGGUGAAACGAUUGAAUCCAGUGUUUUUCCAACAGGAUUCUUAGACGAUCUGUUUUUCCUGGGCACUAUACGUCGAGGAUGGUUUGACGUCAGUCAGCAUUCACACAUUGAGAAAAAUAUCCUUUAUUUAAAAAAUCCUUCCUACCUUCACUGAUGUCAGACCUACAUAUUGUUUUGUGGCAGGAUUUGAUAACGUCAAGAAUGUCAAUGUCAUUUAAUUGGAAAUGUAGGCAUUGUUAGCAUGGCUUCAAUCCAAACACAAAUAGGGGAUGUAAUUAGCCUAAAAUAAAUGGAUUUCAACUCGAAAGUUACGAUGCAGGCCUAUAAUUCGUACCGAGGGUCAAAAGAAGUAGGGCACCUGCCCCUUAAUGUGGAGGACGUCCCCUAGCCGGAGAAUAAUAACACAAUUGAACCACCCUCGUAAACCUGAACAUAACCUUAAUAACGAAAUAAUUCACCACAAUGCACGAAGAAACAUGUUUUUUCGAUCAACUGAUUGACUCGUUUUAUAGAGGACAUUGUUUUGGCCCGAAUGAGUCAUUUUCACAUUUGUGUGCGUUGUGCAUCAGGCCCAAUAAUUUGCAUAGCCUACCGUAUCAUUUGAAUAUGUGGACAUAGGGCUAAGUGCUUAUAGGGUAAUUUUAUGCAUGAUAAAGACAUUAUUUCGUUUCUAUAAAUAUCCCCUCGGGCUGAUAAGGAAUAUAGCUUUGUGCUCGAGUUUGAAAUAAUUUUUAUGAGGAGGAAAAAACAGAACAGUGACAAUGGUCAUCAUAAAAUGGUUCCGAGUGUUAGAUUUUGUUCUAUGUCAGUGUGGAUUUACAGCCCAUAAUAGUUGUCAGGUCCUAUCAAUCAGUAAAGAAGCACGCCCUGUGGAUGAAGGAAGAUUAACGAGAACCAUAUCAACCGGUAGCUUUUUCUAGGCCGCUGCUCUCGUGAGAUAAUAAGUGCCCAAUGUGCCAACCGAGAUUAGCCGAAUACAUUUUAAUGGAGCUCUGAAACAGAGAUAGAGUUUGAGAGAGCCUUCUCUCUGUCUUAUUCGAUAUUGCAAAAACAUUUUUUAUAUCAUAUUUUCAUAGAAUAAUGUACUGAAAACUGCAUGAUGUGAAAAUAAGUGUUUAAAUCCUUCCAUAAUUAUUAAGCCUAAAAUGACCUUCUCUGGUGGUAGCCUGCUAGGCUAUAGGUUUUUCUCUCUAUUUGUUUUCUAAGAUCAAUGGGCUAUUAAUAGACACGGACUUUCAUUAACAAUAGACUAACCUAUCCAGAGGCCGUAAAAUAUCUACAUCCUUCAUUAACUCCACUCCAUAAUGUCUGCUCUAUGAGUCGGUAAUGACAUGGACGCUGCGCCGGGCCCUCCACACAGUCCCUGCACGCUCAGGCGUGAAAAGUCCGGGGGGACAGGAGGACAUUCACCGCUGGAAUAAAUUGGGGUUCCUGCAGAAGAACAACAGUCUCGGGGAGGAAGGCCGGCUCGCAGGCUCACUCUCAGAACGCCAGAAGAACCUGUAUUCCUGUGACAACAGCGACCGGGAUGGCCGCUUCCGUCGCACUGAGACCGAUUUUUCCAACAUGUUCGCGAGAGACUUACUUCCCGCCAAAAACGGAGAAGAGGCGACUAUGCAGUUCUUGUUGGAACUUGUGGGCAUCCUCACCAACUACGUCAGGAAGACGUUUGACCGUUCCACCAAGGUUCUGGACUUCCACCACCCUCACCAGCUGCUCGAGGGCAUGGAGGGAUUCAACCUCGAGCUCUCUGACCAGCCAGAGUCCCUCGAGCAGAUCCUCGUGGACUGCAGGGACACGCUCAAGUACGGCGUGCGAACAGGGCAUCCACGGUUCUUCAACCAGCUGUCUACGGGGCUGGACAUCAUUGGGCUGGCUGGGGAGUGGCUCACCUCCACAGCCAACACCAACAUGUUCACCUAUGAGAUCGCUCCAGUGUUUGUCCUGAUGGAGCAGCUGACGUUGAAGAAGAUGAGAGAGAUGAUUGGCUGGCCCUCGGGAGAGGGGGACGGCAUAUUCUCACCAGGGGGCGCCAUCUCUAACAUGUACAGUGUGAUGAUUGCUCGCUACAAGUACUUCCCAGAGGUCAAGACCAAGGGCAUGUCUGCUGCUCCCCGCCUGGUGCUCUUCACAUCAGAACAUAGCCACUACUCUAUCAAGAAGGCCGGGGCAGCUCUGGGCUUUGGUUCUGAGAACGUGGUCCUGUUGAGCACAGAUGAGAGGGGGAGAGUUAUUCCUGCUGAUCUAGAAGCUAAGAUCCUUGAUGUCAAGCAGAAGGGUUACCAUCCUCUGUUUGUGAAUGCUACAGCUGGUUCUACAGUCUACGGAGCAUUUGACCCCAUCAAUGAGAUCGCUGACAUCUGUGAAAAAUACGACAUGUGGCUGCACGUAGACGGUGCAUGGGGAGGUGGUCUUCUGAUGUCCAGGAAACAUCGCCAUAAGUUCAGCGGAGUAGAGAGGGCUAACUCUGUCACAUGGAAUCCUCACAAGAUGAUGGGAGUGCCUCUACAGUGCUCUGCCAUCCUAGUCAGAGAUAAGGGUAUUCUGGCAGGCUGUAACUCGAUGUGUGCUGGGUACCUGUUCCAGCCCGAUAAACAGUAUGAUGUCAGCUAUGACACGGGAGACAAGGCCAUCCAGUGUGGCCGACACGUUGACAUCUUCAAGUUCUGGCUCAUGUGGAAGGCCAAGGGCACUAUAGGGUUUGAGCAGCACAUUGACAAGUGUCUGGACCUGUCUCAGUACCUCUACGACAAGAUCAGAAACAGACAAGGAUACGAGAUGGUGUUCCAGGGAGUGCCCCAGCACACCAACGUGUGUUUCUGGUACAUCCCACCCAGUCUGAGAGGCUUGGAACACAACAGUGAGGAGUAUCGAGAAAAACUUCACAAGGUGGCGCCCAAGAUCAAGGCAAUGAUGAUGGAGUCAGGGACGACCAUGGUGGGCUACCAGCCUCAGGGCCAGAAGGUCAAUUUCUUCCGCAUGGUCGUCUCCAACCCCGCAGCCCUCCAGUCAGACAUCGACUUCCUCAUUGACGAAAUCGAGAGGCUGGGGCAUGACCUGUAAACAGUGCCACCCCAGUGGGCAGAGGCCAAAAUUGUAGUUUUCAAUGUUUUACCUGUGACCAUAAGAAUCGGCUCUGAGAUAAAAAAAUAAUAAUAAUAAUUUUUAGAUGCUCUUGAUUUGUCCUAAACAAUUCUCUCCAUAGGUAGAAUGUGUAAACCAGAGCCUUCAAUGUGGUGGGUACACACUGCGAUACUACAUUUUUACUAACGUGUGUAGAGUCCUGUGUUGUGUGUUUGUGUUCUAGUCCCUCAGUCAUCCAGUAGUCAUCUGUCUGUCUGUGUUGUACAGAAGAUUCAUAAGAGGAACCAUGGUAACGUAACACAGGGAGACCAUCUACAUCAGUGUGUGUGUGUGCGUGUGUGUGCGUGUGUGUGUGUAAAUACAAAGAAACGCUUGAGAGCACAAAUAGUAUAGUGUACACAUGUUGCCCCCAGAACAGCCUCAAUUCGUCGGGGAAUGGACUCCACAAGGUGUCAAAUGUUCCACAGGGAUGCUGACCCAUGUUGACUCCAAUGCUUCCCACAGUUGUCAAG